AUGGUUCAAAUCGAAGAAUACAGCUUCACCUACUCCACCAACGCCGAAAAGAAGACCACCUACCUGGCUGCUGGCCCGAAAGAUGGACCUCUAUUGAUCUUCGUCCAUGGUUGGCCAGCGAUUGCCAAAACCUGGAAAGUUUCCCUAGAAUUUUUCGCCAACUCUGGUUUCCGUGCUGUAGCUCCCGAUAUGCCAGGCUACGGAGGAUCAACUGCACGUAAAGUCACAGAAGACUAUUCUCUGGAACAAAUCAACCUUGGAAUGGUUGCACUCAUCGACCAUCUCGGUCGGGACAAAGCCAUCUGGAUCGGUCACGACUGGGGCUGCGGAGCAGUCUGGUCGUUCGCGGAGCAUUAUCCAGAGCGCUGUGUUGCUGCGGCUGGUCUCGCAGUUCCCUCUCACAUUAUCGAGAAGGGACUGGACGAACUGGUCAAGACCAUCAACAGGGAUAUCUACCCCGAAGAUAAGCACCCUUAUGGACAGUGGAGCUACCAGAAGUUCUACGAGGACGAUUUCGAAAAGGCAACUGCUUGGUUCGAAAAGAACCCAGCUGCUUUCCUUCGCGCGGGUUACUCCAAGGGCAGACCUGAUUCAGUUGGGAAACCCGCCAUCCUGGCUGGCGUCAAAGAAGCCGGAGGAUGGUUCGGAGGUAUUGCAGAGCCGGAUCCAAACUGGAAGCACAUUCCCCUCGAAGCGACGGUCUUCGAGUCCGAGGAAAUGUACAAUGAUGUUGUGGAAGCUAUGGAGCGAACCGGCUUCUGGGGUGCAGACUCUUGGUAUUCCAGCCAUGCUGCGAAUCGCGCCUAUUUCGACAAGGCGGCGAAUAAUGGCGAGUUGUUGAUGCCUACGCUAUUCAUUGGAGCCACGUACGAUACGGUUUGCGAUACUGUUACUUCGACGGCUGCCGAUAACCAGAAGAAGUACAGCAAGAAUCUGACGGAGGCUUCUGUGGACGCCGGCCACUGGGUCUAUAUGGAGAAGCCGGACGAGGUGAAUGCCAUCAUCGCGAAGUGGAUCGAGGAGAGUUGCAAGGAGUCUUGGCCUGGAAACGUAAAGCCAAAGGUUUAA